GAUACGGAGGAUGCCUGCGGCAAACUACCUGCGAAAUCCCCAAAUGCAGCAAUUUAUGGAGGAUAGCUGCGGUCCAAGCGUAAAUCAACAUACCGACGGCAAAUCUCUCUAAUUUUGUGUCGAAUUAAGAAUGGCCGCCGCUAACCCCUUUUCAGCUGCCGAUGAUUUUACCCCAAAUAGAGUACCCACAAUCGAUAAUUCGAGGAACCCGCCAAAAGAAGAGUGCAGAGCGCGCGUUUCAGGUCCAUCAGCCCCUUCUGCGACGAAUCCUUGCCGCCAUUCCUCUCCGGUCCCAGUAACAGCUGCAUCGCGCUUCCCGUCUCCGAAGGGUCCCUUGCCUAUCAGUUUCGUCGAUUUGCCUUCAGCUUGGCUAACGAAACUGCGGUCGAUUUGCAGAGCUGCUUCGUCGAUUUCCCUUAAGGAAGCAUAUCUUCUCCAGUUCAUUCUUUGGCAUUCAACCCAUAGUUUCUUUCCUCCGUAAUUUUUUUAAAAGUGCAGAAUUUUACCAUGAGUAAGCUCCUUCCUAACACCAUUCGCAUGCUAUCUGUUAUCCUUGAUGCAAAAAAAUUUAUUACUAUCCCCUUACAAAAUCGUGAUAAAUUUAAGAUUUUUCUUUCAACCCUUUGCCCAAAUUUUUGGUAAAAGAUUUUCUAUCUGUAUUGCGUCGUUAAAUAUUUAUUCAUCUGAUUACAUGAUUUCAUUAAAGUAGACAUAGAUAAGAGUUGGAUAUCAAAACCAAGAGGUAGUGACGAAUACAGGGCCGGCUUGAACACUUUUUUGGACUUCGCUUUUGCCAAUGCAUCGUCCGAUGGGAUGAUACAUUGUCCAUGUCCUUCGUGUGGGUUUCGGCUUUUCCAAACUAGAGAAGAUGCCUACGAUCAUCUGCUGCUGAAACCUUUUCCUACCAAUUAUACCUUCUGGUUGCAUCAUGGUGAGAGACGCGUUGGAGAGUAAAACAAGGGAAGAAGAGUCACAAAAACAAGGGAGGACAGUUGGUAGGGGAGAAGUAUGGAUCCUAAAGCACAAACGACCUGAUGGCAGCUAUUUACACAAAGAAGCUCAGAGGAUUGGUGAAAAAAUAAUAGAGAUUGAGCAGCUGGAUGAAUCUACAAGAAUAUUGUCAGAAAAUGAUUCCCUUGCUCAAGCUCUCGGUAAGGAGCACCCAGGUAGAGUGCGUGGCAUAGGACACGGGCCGACACCAACUCAACUAUUCCGUCCGAGUUCGCAGCCGCCGGUGGAUAGAGCUCAAGUAGAAGAGGCCCAAAGGAUGUUGUGUGAACUACAUACAGAGGUGACGACUGAAAAAUUGAAAAGGAAAGCAAUGGAGGAUGAAUUGGCAGCAGAGAAAACGAAGAGGCAAGCAGUGGAGGAUGGAUUGGCAGCAGAGAAAUCGAAGAGGCAGGCAAUCGAAAGUGUGCUGAGUUAUCUGGUCCAACAGCAAGGUGGAGAGCUGCCACCAGACAUCGCUGCACGGAUGUAUUCUCUGAAUGAACAUGGCGGGAAUUAGAAAUUAGGAUAUAUGUGAUAUUUUUUUUUUCAGUAUAUGUUUUUUUUAAUAACUAUGCAUUUUAAAUUAUUAGCUAAGUACUUUACCUUUUUCGGUGAAUAUUGAAUUAAUUUAUUUAUAUUAAAAUAAACACGUUGGUUUA